AUGUGGAAAUCGACAAAGUUUUUGUCGUGCUAUUUAAGGAGAGAGGAUAGAGAUGUGGUGUUAGGUGGACAGGAGAGGAGAGGAGAGGAGAGGAGAGGAGACAGGGAGCUGGAUUGAUGCGCUCUAAAAUAGUCAGCGCGCUGCUUCUAGUUUAUUUAAAAAGCCAUGGAUCACGGUGCUCGUCUGCUCUGUGCACCGAGGACUGAGGAUGGUUGAGGAUGUGACCUGUUGCAGCUCCUCUUUUUGGCGUCUUUUCGCGGCAGAGCGGAUAAAACGCUGCGAUCAAACCGUGUUCCAAACUUCUGUUUAAGGAUUGUUGAGUUCAAAGACUUUUUUUUUUCUUUUUUUUUUACCCAUUUGUUCCCACAUACACAUUCUGGUGAGGUUUGUCUGCGCUGCUGUCGACUGGAGCUGCUGUUGUGACUGAAGGCGUUUGAAGUUUAAGGACUAAAGAGUUUGUAUUUGAUUGAAGAGAACUGCUCUGGAUCUCGCUGCACACCGCGCCCUGCUCUCCGGGAGACUAUAACCUCUUCUCCCCGUCUCUGUCUCUCUGUCUCGCUGUCUCACUGUCUCACUGUCUCGUCCCGUGUGGCUUCCUGUUGACAGGAUGGCCCGGUUCGGAGACGACGUCCCGGCCCUGUUGAGCUCGGGGGACGGAGGCUCCGAGCGCAACAGAAACCGCGAUGGAGCGGCCGUGUCCACAGGUGGCAUCUCCCCAGCCUUCAAGCAGACCAAAGCGCAGCGUGCCCGCACCAUGGCCUUGUACAACCCCAUCCCGGUCCGAGAGAACUGCUUCACCGUCAACAGGUCCCUCUUCAUCUUCGGUGAGGACAACAUUGUCAGGAAAUACGCCAAGAAAAUCACCGAGUGGCCGCCUUUCGAGUACAUGAUCCUCGCCACCAUCAUCGCCAACUGUAUCGUCUUAGCCCUGGAGCAGCAUCUUCCCGGGGAGGACAAAACACCCAUGUCCAAAAGACUGGAGAAGACGGAGCCGUAUUUCAUCGGCAUGUUCUGUUUUGAGGCCGGGAUAAAGAUCAUCGCUCUGGGUUUUGUGUUCCACAAAGGCUCCUACCUGAGGAACGGAUGGAACGUCAUGGACUUUAUAGUCGUCCUCAGUGGGAUCCUGGCUGCAGCCGGGGCUCACAUGAACAUCUCUGUGGAUCUGAGGACUCUGAGGGCGGUGCGGGUUCUGCGACCCCUCAAACUGGUCUCUGGAAUUCCCAGUCUGCAGAUCGUCCUGAAGUCCAUAAUGAAGGCCAUGGUUCCACUGCUGCAGAUCGGCCUGCUCCUGUUCUUUGCGAUCCUCAUGUUUGCGAUCAUCGGCCUGGAGUUCUACAGCGGAAAACUGCACUCCACCUGCAGCCCACAGCCUGGAAUACUGGAAAAUGAGACGGUGGACUCUUCGGAGUUUGAGUUCCCGUGCGGUGUGCGCCAGUGUCCGGCCAAAUACACCUGCACCGACACCUGGAUUGGACCUAACGACGGCAUCACGCAGUUCGACAACAUUCUCUUCGCCGUUCUCACCGUCUUUCAGUGCAUCACCAUGGAGGGCUGGACCACCGUGCUGUACAACGUGAGACUUUUACCUGUUUUUGGAACCUCUGUAAUCUGUAGACAAUCACUCAUGCGUGAAGGGUGGGAUUUGAGGGGUGAAAAAAAAGGGGGGUUUGAAUCACCUGUCACGUGUGAAUGAGAGUCAUCUCUGAGACAACCGGUUCAUUUUGAAAAAAAAAACACACGGUGUUUUGCAGGAAGACUGUUUAGAAUGAUGUCUGUUCCUUCUGUCUGAACCUCGAUGAGUUCAAGCAGAGCAGUGAGGUUCAGUCGGUGUGUGUGUGUGUGUGUGUGUGUGUGUGUGUGUGUGUGGGCUGAACACGCAGAGAAACACCGACCACUGCAGGCAAAUGAAACGGUCCAAACU